ACAUUCUUCCUUGCAUGGGCGUGUUCCAUUGGGGCGGUAGGGGGUGAUUACAGCCUGUUCCGGACUGCAGAACAAACUGCGAGAAUAGAAGACCGAAAAGCAGAACCUUUCAUAGUGGUCCAUAAAGUGGAGCUUAAUAUGUUUUGCGCAAAAAGGAAUCUUCAUUAUGAAUUCAAGCUGAUUUCCAAGACAGAACCACCUAAUGAUCCCUGGUUUACAGUUCAUCUGUAUAUUGAAAAUGAAAUAUUUGGAGAAGGACAAGGGAGAUCACGGAAGGCAGCAGAUAAGGAAGCUGCUAGAACUGGACUGGCAGCUCUGCAAAAUCGUGGCAAACCAUCCCAAGCUCGGCAACCCUCAGCAGCUGACUCUUGGGACCCAGUUCCUAGUUCAGGAAGCAAUUCCACAAGUAACAGCAGCCAAAGUUUAGGAAGUGAUGCAACCGAAGGAUCGUCUGAGAGAUCUUCUUCACACACAACACAGAGUACUGUGCCCACCACAAAUGUUGAGCAAAGUCCUCUCAGAGAAUUUGAGAAUGUAACCGAACUGUCAUCUGGUGGAUUUGGAAUAGUAUAUAAAGCUUGGAAACCCAUGGACCUGAACUAUUAUGCUGUGAAAAAAGUGAAGAUGUACAACGAGAAAUGUAAGUCGGAGGUACAAGCUUUAGCCCGUUUAGAUCAUCCAAACAUUGUUCGAUAUUUUAACUCAUGGACUGGAAUGGACUAUUUCCUAGACACCAGCAGCUUGAGCUCUAGUUCAUCCAGCAAUAAUAAUCAGUCAACUAACGUAUCGUUGUUUAGGACUAGAGAGGACUGUUCUUCAGACACCAGAAAUUCUUCCAGUGACACGGAUGGAAGGAACGAGUACCUUUAUAUUCAGAUGGAGUUUUGCGAAAAUGGCGACUUGAGGAACUGGAUCAGAGAAAUGAAGGAAGUGGACAAAAAGAACAGUCUUGACAUAUUUUGGCAAAUAGUUAAAGGUGUAGCCUACAUUCAUUCACAAAAACUUAUACAUAGGGAUCUUAAACCUGAAAAUAUAUUCUUUUCCAAAGACAAGAAGGUAAAAAUUGGUGAUUUUGGUUUAGUGACUCAGAUUUUUAGUGAAGGGAGCACAAAAGCACUACUUCGGACCCACGGCACUGGAACUUAUCCUUACAUGGCCCCAGAACAGCAACAUAAAAAAACCAAUUAUAACAGUGAAGUGGACAUUUUUGCAUUGGGAUUAAUACUUGUUGAGCUUUUGUGUAUAUUUGGCACUGAACAUGAGAGAAGAGAUGAAUUGAUGAAAAUACGGAAUUGCCAGUUUCCAAAGGCAUUUGUAGCAAAGUAUCCUUGUGAGAUAAGUACAAUCAGGUUAAUGCUAUCAAGAGAUCCCAAAAACAGACCAGCAGCCAUCAAAUUAAAAGCCUUUUUGGAAUGGGAACCCAGAACAUGGUAAACAUUUGGGUGAAGCAACUCCUGAAGAUUUUAACAUAUUUCUUACUGGUUAUUCCCAAAAUCUCAUCUUACAUUAAAGAGCAUGGGAUUGAAAAAUCAUAUGUACUGCAGCAUCGUGUCUAAAAAUGUGUGCAAGUAACCCUCUUUUUGUGUGCAAUAAAAGAUUAUAAUUGUUA